GGUCCGCUGUGGUUUAUUAUCAUUCUGGAACUCACCUCCGAAUCGCCGCAUCGUUUGGCUUGGCACGCCAAGCAGGACCUAAAUCUUUCCCCAUGACCCUUCACGCGAUUGACUUUCGAGACCGUUCGACAACGCGUAACACGGUCUAUAUCGCCGCACAAUGAUAUUACGAACCUUCACAUUGCCCAUCCGGGCUUGUUUCAAACCCUCUGUUCCUCAGCAAUGCGUCCGGAACCUCCAUUAUGCUAUCCCUACGCGCUCUAUUCCCAAGCCAACUCCCUUCAUUCCAGACGCUGCGACAUUUCUCAAAGUGAUCGGACGCGGUCUCAGUCAAUACACCUCCAAAUUCGAAUCAUGGGAAGCUCUCUUCUCCAUGACCUCAAAACAGAUGAAAGAGAUCGGUAUUGAGCCUCCACGCGCACGAAGAUACCUCCUACAAUGGCGCGAACGCUUCCGAAACGGCGAGCACGGUGUAGGAUCGGACAUCAAGCAUGUCAAAGACGGAGUAGCGUACUUCCGCCUCAUUGAACGCAAUGUCAAGUCCGCUGAAACAGACAUUGCAACGGGAGCCCAUACGCCCGGCAAGGUUAAGGUGGCCGCCAACGUGCCGCAUGACCAAUUGGGAUUGGAUAUUCCAGUCCCCAAUGCGACGACCGUCAAGGGCUUCAAGGUGAAGAAUCUACAGACUCUUAGUGGGCCGCAUCUCAACAAUGUUGCUGGAACGGGAGGACGUGUUGCGAAGAUUGAGGCAAAGGAGGGGCUCUGGGAGAUCAGGAGAGGAUCAAAGGUUGAUGGUGGUGAGAGACGAAGGAAACAGGUCAGGUAUAAUAGACAGAAGGCCAUCAAUAGGGCGAAGAGAGAGGAGGCGGGUGUUGCCUUCUAAGGCAGGCGCUCUGUAUACAAUUCUUCACAUAUUUUCUGUACGACUGGUAGGGCAAAUGUAUAUGGGUUCAUUUUUGUCGCUUCUGAGGGCUGCUGUUGAGAAUAACUCGAGACACCAUCUGCUUUCCCGAUACUGUUGAUCGAGCUAUACGUUGUCAACAUGUUCUAACACAGUCUUUCUAAACGAUUAGUCGAACAAGCAAGGUGCGGAGCCUGGUACUUUGGCUUUACAUUGGUGCCGAUAGCUCUUGCAUUCUAUCCUAUGAUC